AAAAAUAAGAAAUGUACUAAAACAUCGCCUCAAUUUAAAACUAGUUAAAUGGCAUAAUAAUGUCGUGAUAACAAUGAUAAAAAAUGCACUGCCCCAGACACUGCCAGUAGUCCUACAAAUCUUAGAAAAUCUGACUUUGAAGUACAAGAAAGCCCAUUGAUAGAGAUAUGCGUACGCCAAAAAAGUGAGAAAGAGAAAGAGAGAGCAAUGUCUUCCAACUAAAAACCCGAUAUAAAUAAAAGAUAUAUGCUUUUUGGUUAACGUAAACGAAUCCCUAGUCUGGUUCAGAUCAGCUAUGAACUUAAUAUAGUUAUGUUAUCGAAAAUCUGGAACCAAACUAAAGUAAAGCGAAAAUCCUGGCCUCACAAGUUAGUACGGAGAGAAAAAGUAUCCAAUUUUUUUUAAUUAUGGCGGGGACUCAGGGACAGAUUGAUGUAUUUUCCAAACCCGUCUGACGAAAUUGUAACCACCCAAACGUAACGGUCGGGCAAACAAAUCAACGGACUCGGAGCAAGGAAGGGUAAAUCGCAAUUUCUAAUAAGAGAGAAAGAAUAUAAAGGUAAAAAUUUUAAUACUUUCCGAGAAUAACAUGCGCACGUACGCACAAUGAUGCAUACAAUGUGUAGGAAAAGAUAAUUGAAAUUUAUAUAUAAAUUAUUGAAAAAUUACGCAAACCGGUGUCUUAAUGGUUUUCAACAGCAUGUCGGCCUUUUUUCAAUUGCUCUCAUCAAUUAUUUAUGUAAUCGGCCUUCUAGUGACUGUCUUAUAUCUGUACGCGAGUUUCAAAUCACUGAUUAGUAUUUUGAAAGCAAUAUUGGAGCCAUAUUUCCAACCAGAGUUACCACACAAUUUGAUCGACAAAUUCGGUAAAUGGGCAGUAAUUACGGGCGCUACAGAUGGUAUUGGUAAAGAGUACGCGAAAGAGUUGGCUAAACAAGGCCUUAAUGUGGUUUUAAUAUCACGUACAAAGGAAAAACUUGUUGCGGUAACUGGCGAAAUUGAAAACUCGUAUAAAGUUAAAACUAAAUGGAUUGUAGCGGAUUUUUCUAAAGGCAAGGAAAUUUACGAACACAUCAGACAAGAGCUAACUGGUAUACCAGUGAGCAUAUUAGUUAACAAUGUUGGGCGCAUGUACGAUUACCCGGACGAAUUGUGUAAGCAACCGGAAAAUCUACUUUGGGAUAUCAUCAAUAUAAACGUGGGCGCUGUCACCUUAAUGUCCCGUCUACUAAUACCGGAAAUGAAGAAACAAGGCAAAGGUGCUAUAGUUAAUAUAUCAUCGGGCUCGGAAUUGCAACCGAUGCCAUUAAUGGCUGUUUAUGCAGCUAGCAAACGUUACAUAAAAUCUCUGACGUUAGCUAUGGCCCAGGAAUUGUCAGAGUAUAACAUUGUCGUGCAAUGUGUAACACCGAUGUUUUUGGUCACCAAAAUGAAUCAAUAUUCGGCAACAAUAAUGAAAGGCAAUCUACUAAUACCACAAGUACAGACUUUUACUCGGUCGGCAGUCUUCACUUUGGGUAAAACCGUUGAGACCACUGGUUACUGGUCGCAUGGUAUACAGUACUUUUUUCUAAAAUUAGUUCCCGACUGGUUAAGCGUGCACAUCGUCCAUUUUAUAACCAAGCAAAUGCGAAAAGAAUACUUAAGGGCGCAAGCUGCAAACAAAGAUAGCUGAAGCGCAUGUGUUAUGACAUAUGUACAUGGAUGAGUUUUAUCAUCGAUGCGCUAAA